AUAAUGGUUGUUUGAAAUUCAGUUUCAGUUAGGAUUAUUACUGGUAACCCUAAUUUAAAUAGACGAGAGAGGAAAAUGAACAGUGAUUUCUAGUCCGUUGACACAUUCAAUAUGGCAAACACGCUGACGUAUCGUGGGGCCAGCCUGCUUUUAGCAACGGUCUUGAAAAUAAAGAAAAAAUGAAUAAUAGAUGGGAAGGUCGGAAGAUUAAGGUUUUGGUAAAGUUUAUCAAUAAAUUAAGUGGCGUCUCGUGAUCGAUUUGACCAGUGUCAAAACAUGCUCGUCUUUAAUUUUUGCCAUGCUGUUGCGUUCAGGAGUAACUCGCAAAUAUUAGUGACCAGUUGUUUAUGUACGACGUGAUCAUCAUUUCCCGUGAAAAGUGUCGCUUCUAACAAACAAAAAAUGUCCAUUAUGUUCGAAGUAAUUUAUGUCUUCAUUUGGGGCGUAGACAGCAUUUAUAGGUCGUUUUGUUUCUUGACUGAAGUUUCACAUUUCCCACGGUCUUUGAAGAAGGCACGCAACCAUCGCGACCCUGACAUCACUUGCUAGUUUGGCCAACUCGCUUGCAGAAGUCACCAAGUUUGUUUGAUAACUUUUUUAGAGUAUUUUUUUAAAUAGGAACGAAGACCCGAAAAUGAAAUUAUCCGUAAUUCGUAACGCUUGUGGCAACGCCGCUCUUCGGAUGCACCAUGCCCGACACGGAAGCAGGGUCGUCGGGACACUGCGGAGAUGCCAGUCGGUCGGCGCGGCUCCCAGUCGGCUUUUGGCGCGGUCGGCGAGCGCUUCGGCUAACAGCGGCAACAACGCCAAAUUGGCCGACUACUUCGGGCAGCAGUCGCCGAAACGAGAUGGCGGUGACAUCGACCGCUCUCUCAGGGAUGUGGUUCAAACCAGCAAAGAGGCAAUCGUGGCCCUGCAGAGAAAGAAUCCAGCAGUCCAGCCGCUGCUUGCCAUCAUACAGGUGGGCGAAGAUGACAGCCUGUUGGAGAUCAAUAAGAAAAUAGCAGGAAAGGUCGGCUUAAACGUCACACAGAUCUGUCUAGCCAAGGAGAGCGAAGAUGAAAUCGUCGAGGAGGUGUUGAAGCUGAACGAGGACCCCAGAGUGCACGGCAUCUACCUCCACCUUCCCCCUGCUUCCCUCACCAGCCGAGUGCUCGACGCGCUCAAACCCGAGAAGGACGUCGACGGGAUAACGUAUUUGAACACGGGUCGUUUGGUACAAGGGGACCUGAACAAAGGCUUUGUGCCGCCUGUUGCCAGCGCCGUCAUGGAUCUGUUGCGAAAACACGACUCUCCCGUAGAAGGUGGAAGACUAGCGAUUAUUGUUGCUGAAGGACCUCCUGGAGUGGCCCUGCAGUGCUUCCUGGAGAGAAGUGGAAUGGCAGUUCUCAAAAGUCAUUCCAAUACCAAGAACCUACAGAGACAAGUGAUGGAGGCCGAUGCUGUGGUCCUACUCGGUGCAGAUCCUCUCUACAUUCCAUCCACCUGGAUCAAGCCGGGGGCUGCGGUCAUCCGUUCGGAGCCCACCCUACACACAGAUGAGUCUGGGAUGUCUUCAAAGUCCAGGUUGGCGUAUCUGACGGCAGCGUACAGAAUACAGAAUGUGGUGCACAGCAGCAGUCGGAGGCUCCAGGAGCAGCAGUAUCGACCCUGGCGACUGCGCACUCUCAACCUACAGCCCCUGACGCCCGUACCAAGUGACAUUGAGAUUUCCAGAGCUCAGACCCCCAAGGCAGUUGAACAGUUGGCAGAGGAGAUUGGCCUGUUGCCAGAAGAGCUCGAAGCUUACGGCAGGAGCAAAGCAAAAGUCCGCCUCUCCUUGUUAGACCGCCUCCGAGCGCAGCCUGACGGCAGAUACGUCCUGGUUGCCGGCGUAACUCCGACCCCCCUCGGCGAAGGGAAGAGCACCGUGACCAUCGGCUUAGUGCAGGCCUUGUCUGCUCACCUGAAGCUUAACUCUUUCGCCUGUCUACGACAACCCUCUCAGGGACCCACCUUUGGGGUUAAGGGGGGAGCUGCAGGAGGGGGAUAUGCUCAGGUCAUCCCAAUGGAGGAGUUCAACCUCCACCUGACGGGUGACAUUCACGCCAUCACCGCUGCCAACAACUUGGUGGCGGCAGCCAUCGACGCCAGGAUGCUUCAUGAGGCCACCCAGUCGGACAAGGGUCUGUACAGUCGACUGGUGCCGUCAGUCAACGGAGUGAGAAGAUUUUCGCCCAUCCAGGUUGCCAGGCUGCGCCGUCUCGGCAUCGACAAAAGCGACCCUGCCUCUCUCACGCCCCAGGAAGUUAGUUCUUUUGUCCGUCUUGACCUCGACCCUUCCAAGAUCACCUGGCAGAGAGUGGUUGAUACAAAUGACCGCUUUUUGAGGAAGAUCACCGUUGGGCAAGCCAGCACUGAAAAAGGACAAAUCAGAGAGACAGGCUUCGACAUUGCGGUGGCCAGCGAGAUCAUGGCUAUCUUGGCUCUGGCAGACGGCCUGGAGGACAUGAAACAAAGACUGGCGCGCAUGGUGGUGGGGACCAGCCGUUCCGGACAGCCUGUCACCGCAGAGGACCUGGGUGUGAGCGGGGCGCUGGCCGUGCUUAUGAAGGACGCCAUCAAGCCCACGCUGAUGCAAACCCUUGAGGGUUCACCCGUGUUUGUCCACGCCGGGCCCUUCGCCAACAUCGCCCAUGGCAACUCUUCGGUCCUCGCAGACAAGUUGGCUUUGAAGUUGGUGGGACGGGACGGCUUUGUGGUGACCGAAGCUGGCUUUGGAGCGGACAUCGGGAUGGAGAAGUUCUUCAAUAUUAAAUGCCGGACUUCGGGCUUGAGGCCCAAUGUGGUGGUGCUAAUUGCGACCGUUCGGGCUCUGAAGAUGCACGGCGGAGGCCCCCAUGUAUCCGCCGGUGUGCCGCUUCCAAGAGAAUACAUCGACGAGAAUCUCACUCUUGUUAAACAGGGCUGCCUCAGCAACCUGAGAAAGCAGAUCGAGAUCGCUCAUCUGUUUGGAGUUCCGGUCGUGGUAGCGCUAAAUGUCUUCAAGACAGACACCCAGCCCGAGAUAGAGCUCGUGUGUCAGAUCGCCAAAGAGUGCGGGGCGUCCGACGCGGUGCCAUGCCACCACUGGGCGCAAGGAGGGCGAGGUGCUGUGGAACUCGCCCACGCCGUGAAAGCUGCCAGCGGCAGAGCCAACGACUUCCAGUUCCUCUACGACAUUGAGAUGCCAAUAGUGGAAAAGAUUCGAACCAUCGCCCAAAAGGUGUAUGGAGCUGAUGACAUUGAGCUGUCCUCAGAGGCUGUGGACAAAAUAAAUGACUAUGAUCAGCAGGGCUAUGGUUCUUUACCAAUCUGCAUGGCCAAGACUCACCUUUCCCUGUCCCACAUGCCGGACAAGAAAGGCGCCCCCACUGGGUUCAUUUUGCCAAUCCGAGAUGUUCGCGCCAGCAUCGGCGCUGGCUUCAUCUAUCCCCUUGUGGGAACGAUGAGAAAAACAAAGUACUUUUGAAGGGGACUGGAUUGAAAAUGCCCUUGUAUGUGGGAAAGGAGAGGCACAUUUUUCUCAUCAAACAUAGAGGAGUAGAACUACAAUUGUUUGUUUUUUAUUUGUUAACAUGGUCUCUCGUUGAUUUUUCACCCGGACAGCGGUAAUCAAGCGCGCUUUGAGCGCUUCUCGAAGCACGCUGCAAACCAGUUCGUUGCGUUUCGUGAUCCUCGGUGAAUGAAGUCCAACAUUCAAAUAAUAGUCAGAAUGCGGUCAUCCCAAAAAUAACUUCAUAAGUGACAUAUUGUCACUUUUUUGCUGCAGAGUCUUCAGGCCCACAAACAUAGCCACAGGCUGUUUGGUCGCAGGAGUGGUGGGAACCCGGUCGUUUAGUCCCCGCUGACUCCUAGACGGGGAAAUAUCCGGGUCUGGUGGUGGUGGUGAGGGGGGUGUGACCGUGAGACCAGGGGGACAUUUAGUCCUGGGAAAAAAAGGGUUAAAGGGGUCUUUUCAGGGUUAAGAAUCAGGAAAGGGACUGAUGUCAUUCUUCUGAAAUGUGAGGGAGGGGUGAAACCCAGAACAAUGGAACCCUGAAGAGUUCAUAUCCCGUGGGCUCCACCCUGCACCGUUCAACCCGAAACUGCUCAGAUUUAUCGAAAAACCUCCUCCUCGAGCAGAUUUCUCAUGCUCACCGCUUGGUUAACGUCGAACAACUCAAUAUAUUUGAAGGUUGGCCUUGAGGAAAGAAUCCACUUGAGAUCAAAGUUGAUCUCAAUGAUUUUUUUUUUGUCCAACGGAAUAUUUGAUCAUAUUUUUUGUGGCGCAAAAGCCCACGAGUGCAGUAAAUGUUGCCGUCUUCACAGCUGACCUGCAUUUUAAGUGCACCUUUUACUGCAAUUUCUUAAGUAUUUAUUACCGUUAGUGUCGACAAUGCCGUGCAAACCAUAUGUUGAUCCAACUCAAGCAACUGCUGAUGUCAGGGGCCAAAAAAAAGUUUUCCCCAGUGUUCCGCCGACUCACCCUUUCGGUUGUCUGAUACUGUCUUUAAUUGUCUGAUGAUUUUAUACGUUUGUUUGCGUUGGAAUUCAAUUCUAUAAUCCCCUCAUUCCUCCCGUGAGCUACUGUGAUUUGGAGAGGAUAUUCUCCACAAAUCGCGUGAGUCCGAAACCCUCGGGGAUAGUCGCAGACAGACACGCUGUGUUUUUUAGUAUGAUACGGCGACUUAUGUGGUCAAGUGGAGUAUCCGAAUUUGGCUUUGUGCCGUUUUUUUCUCAGACGUGAGAAGCAGAGAGCUACACUUGUCUCCAAUUGCCAUCUUGUUUUCUCUUUUCAGAUUGAGAAAUGGAGAGAUGAUAAUCAUGUACAACCCUUUUUUUUUUUUCAAUUUA